AAAAAAAAAAAAAAAAAAAAAAAAAAAAAAAAAAAAAAAAGCAGAGACGAGGCCAAUCCUGCACCACUCGCGGGCAAGCAAGCAUAUUCACCGACCCCAUCCAUGCUUUCCCUCCAAGUCAAGUCGCUCGUCCCCGUCCCAUCUUUUUUUUCCCCUUCAAAGACAUGCCUCUAGACAGGCCCGGGCCAGUGUUUAGGAGCCCAGUCCAGAAGUACACGACUCGCAUACGCCGUCUUGUCUAGCGGCCCCCAGUACACCUAGUUUCGGCCGGCCUCUUGCUUGCUGGCGCGGUUUGCUACCUGCUCGUCCUCCUUCAAACAAACCCCAACCAAUACUGUGUACCUACCUACCUACCUAAUAUCUAUUCCCAAUUCACUUUUUACAAGUUUCCCCCACUUUUCGUCCUUCGUCCAUGGCCCGCUCUAUUCCUUGGUUGUCUGCGUUACUUUACACCGAUGCUGGCACGAACGCACGCCCCGACACAAGCCCGCCCAUGUUCUUCUUACCUACUCCCGUGCCAUUAAGACUCGCUUUAUUAUGAGUCGAAAUAUCUUUUGAACCUACACCGAUUCAUGGUCAGAGUCGGUGAUGGUCUAUGACACCCUGUCCUUGAUUCGUCCGCCUCGCUUUAUUUUCCAGUCAUUCGUCUCUCCUCUCAACUUUCUCCCUGAUUCGUCAACCUGCAGCGAUCCCGUCUUGGCUUUGCCAACUGCCAUAUUCCCUUCCAUCUCUACUACUGUACUUCCCCGCCAUUUGCUUCUGCAUCCGGUCUUUUGGUUUAUUUUUUUUUUCUUGGGGUGGAUUCGAGUGCCAACAAUUCCAACGAUUGACGGUUCCCUCCACCGCCGCUGUCGAUCUCGGCCUGGCCCUAUCCGCAGGGCACCCUGUCCUAAAAAAAGCCCUCUUUCACAUUGCGGGAUACCCUUUCCUCGCGUUGAACAGCACAUCACAUUCAUCUCUUGACCGCACUGAAAUCACAGGAGAGUGCUGCAUAACGUGGCAUAUCUGCCCACAUUUUGUCUGUAUACCAGGACCAUCAUCCCUGGCACUUGCAACAAGCUAAACCGCCCCAAAACUCCUUUUAUUUUUAUUAUUUUUAUUGUUUUUCUUGUUCUCCCCAGUCCGGCUAUAGCACGCAUGUCCAGGCAACCUAGCCGCGCUGCGGCGUCACUCUAGUCUCUUUGGGCUUCUGGUCACCGCGGGCUCCCCCAAGCCACAAACCCCCAUUCCCCGCGACUAGUUCUCUUCGCUUUCGAAACAACUACUGCCUGACGUCGUGCAUUUCUUUCUUUUACGUGGACCCUUUGCCUCUUUUUUUUCUUGGUUGUUGUUGUUCGUUCCUCCUUUACUAUCUUUAGUCUCCUUGGAAUUCUAACGCUCGCCACCCGCCAUGUCUACAGAAAGACCGCGCGGCUACAGACGUAGUCGAACAGAGCCUUUCUGUAGGACGGCUCACGGAGCUAUAUAUUUCACACCCAGGGAUCAAAGCGACAGGAGAUCGAUUGCAGCUGCACCAGUCACUCUUCCCCCGCCUUUGAUUGGGCCUAGGCCCCGACGGCCACAUUCGAUUCAUAUCGUCUCGUAUCCAGCCGGUUUCAUCCCGCGCGAACUGCGACCAAUUUCAGCGGAGGAGUUGGCACGCAGGGAACUUGCAGCUUCAGGCAGGUGGAAGGGCAGGAAGAGAAAGCAAAAGCAAAAGGACAACGUCGAUAGGAAGCGAGUUCAUUUUCAGUUGGAGGACGGCGCAGCAACCAGACUUUUUCAAAAAGUACUCUCGGUUUUUUCGACACCAAAACCACCGCCUCGCCCGCCGACACCACCGAUACUCCACAGCGAGGUUGUCCAGCGACCGGAAGAGGGCCGGGCGCGUAGACCAGUUGACUGGCUCGCAGACGGUCGACUAGGCCGGAGAUUUUCCAGGAUAGCUGACGGAUUUCAAGGGGAAGAAUCUGUUGAUUUCAACAUGGUGGACCAAAUGGUACGACCGCCGAUGAUGGAUUUGCGCCGUGGCGUGGGAUACGCCAACAACUCCAACAGGCAUAGUAUACUUUCGACGAGGUCCGCAAAGACCAUUAUGAGCUCGGCCGUUACCGAGGUUCCCAAGCCAGUGGCGUCCGCAAGUGGACUUAGCUGCUCCAUUCUACUCGCUGAGCAGAACGUUUUUCUUUCUGGCUUCGAACACGAGGGCCACAACCGCGAAUCUUCAACGCCGGGUACCGCACUAUUACGCGGCAAACUGGUGCUGAAUGUUAACAAGAACACAAAACUUAAGUCAAUAACGCUGAAAUUAGUCGGCAAGGCAAGGACCGAAUGGCCCGAAGGCAUCCCUCCAUUGAAAGUGGAUACUUUCGAGGAGCAGUCUCUCCGGACGCAGGGACUUACCUUCUUUCACGCGAUGCACGAUGGGUGGGAGACAGAGUUUGGCAAUCAAUGCGUCUUCACUAUGAGGACACCGACCAGUCAUCAAAGUCAUGGUCACAUCCUCGAGCGUCUCUCACCGCACGGAUCAAACACAUCCGUAAACACACUUGCAAGACAUCGACAAUCGACCAGUCUCACUCCCAAGGAAUUGAAGAGGUUGUCGCUACAAUCAGUGCAAUCCAGGAGUUUCGGCAAGGGCGACUCGCCACUUGCAAACCAAACACAAUUGAAGGGUUACAAAGUAUUCACGCCGGGUACUUAUGAAUACUCAUUCGAGCUACCAAUCGACCACCACCAACUGGAGACCAUUAAGCUUCAGUAUGGCUCCGUCAAGUGGAACCUGGAGACUGUCAUCGAGAGAGCCGGCGCCUUUAGAGCGAACCUGAGCGGCUCCAAGGAGGUCAGCAUCGUGAGGGUACCUGACCAGCUGUCCCUGGAAAUGAGCGAGCCAAUCUCGAUAUCAAGGCAGUGGGAAGACCAGCUCCACUACGACAUCAUGAUUUCGGGCAAAUCGUUCCCCAUUGGCGGUAAAAUACCGAUCGCCUUCAAGCUGACACCCCUGGCAAAGGUUCAAGUCCACAAGAUCAAGGUGUUCGUCACCGAAUCGAUUGAAUAUUGGACAAACGACAAACGUGUCACCAGGAAGGACCAGGGCAGGAAGAUCCUGCUCCUGGAGAAGACGGCUGGGAGAGCAGUGGACCCCCAGUUCGCAACAAGCGAUAUCAAUGUUGUACGCGGUGGCGAGUUGACGGACGAGGAACGCAUCUACGCCAGGGCGGCAGCUGAGCGAAGGAGGGCGAUGGAUGCCGCGAGGUCUCAUACGAUGCCUGAACCUCUGCCGGAAUCAACAGAGAACCUGCUGGGCGACCUUGACUUGGGCUUGGAAUCUUACUGGGCAGCGACGGAAAUGGAGAUGAACGUUCAGAUUCCGACUUGCGAGAUGAUGGCGAGAGAUCGAAGCAGGAGGUUGCAUCCCGACUGCAGCUGGAAGAAUGUCAAUGUCUUCCACUGGAUCAAGAUCGUAAUGCGCAUCUCCCGCGUUGACCCCGAAGACCCAACGGGCAAACGCCGCCGUCACUUCGAGAUCAGCAUCGACUCGCCAUUCACCGUGCUCAACUGCCGGGCCACACAGGCCAACACUUCACUCCCACAGUACUCAGGCUCGCAGCUAUCGCAGUACUGCCAAGCCACAACCUGCGGCUGCCCAGAUGCGGCCGUCAUAGCAACCGAGCCUAGCCCCGCCAGCUCGACUGGCACCCUCCCCGUUGUCGAAGUCAACCCGGACUCGCCGACAGCACCGUCUCUGCCCGUCACUCCCCCGGCCGCACACCUCGCAGCCGCUAACCCAGGGAUCGGCCGCUCCGACAGCAGCGGCAGCGGUAGCAGCAGCUUCCGGCCCCCCAGUUCCACAAUCGCGAACCCGCUCCAGCGCGUGCGCAACAAUGAGCUCCCCACCCCUCGCCCCAUGCAUCUGAUGCGCGUGCCGUCCUUCAACCCCCCGCCGUUCGACGCGGACCAGCCCCCGCCCGCCCUCGACGGCCUCAGCACGCCGCCACCAAACUACGACCUGAUCAUCGGCACCCCCAGCGUCGACGGCCUGGCUGACUACUUUGCACGCCUCGCUAAUUACGAAGACAGGGAGGCUGGCAGGUCCGACAGCGAAGACGACGACGACGACGAUGAGUCGCACACGCCUGCGCGUCUGACGGAGCGCGGCGGUCGCGUCAACGUCGCCAACCCCCGCACCCCGGGCGGGAGGAACGUCCCCAGCAGGAGCUUCGACAUUCAACGUCCCGUCAUGAACCUUAGUAUGGACGGGGUCGUUGCCAGGGGCCAGCAGAGGGUUUAAUAUACUGCUUUUAGCAGAGAGAGAGAGAUGUCCUAAAUUUUUUCUUUUCUUUUUUAUUCGAUUCGAUGAUCUGUGGCAUCUUUAUCAGGAUGAUAUUGCGGAGCGGUCACAUCGAAUGCUUUUUAUUUCAACUUUAUUAUGCUACUAAUUUUUGAUGGAUUUCGAAGCUGGGUGGCACGAAUCUUUUUUGUUGUACUAUUGCAUGAUAUUAGAGAUACCAUCGGGAAAUGUUUUGAGGCAGAGAAAUAGCAGGUUACAUAUGUCGAAUGUAUACGAG